AAAACUGCUCGGAACCGUUGAACCGGAACCGGUUAUACGAACCCGGCCGGUCAAUUAAAAUAGGGUUAUUUUAAAAACCGAAAAAGAACCCUAAUUCCAAUUUGUCCCUCCCUCGCUCGUAUCAUUUUCUCUCUCCGCCGUGAACGACCAGUAUUUCUCCCUCACUCGAAUCGUUUUUCGCCUGAAAACACCGUUUUCAUUCACCUCUCCAUCACUCGGUAAAGUAAACAGCAUUUGGUUUCAUAAAUGAACUGGUCUAGGGUUUGAAUUUCGGUUCCGGAAAAUUUUCAAAUUCGCCUGCAAUUGCUUAAAAGAGAGGAAUGGAAGAGGCAGAAGAUAACUUACCGAAAGCUACAUUAUUUAAUAUCAAAGCAAAAAAGAAAAAGACUAAGGCAACUAAAGAGGGCCAAAUUGUUUCUGUUGCUGUUGCUGAUGAUUCCAUUACAGUGCGAAACAAUGACGGUGGUGGUAAUAGUACCUGCGGUGAUUCUAACCUUAGGGUUUCUCUGUUUGAUUUCUCUGUUGAGAAUUUCUUCCAUGACAUGGACACCAUUGCCAAACUCUGCGGGGAAGAAGAACACAAUGCUGCUGUUGAGCAAAGCGAGAUCAAGAGAAUGACUUCUUCUGUCACUUUCUUAAGAGCAUGGAGAGAUUUUAAAUAUCCAUCUAAAAACAUUAGGUUUGCUUAUGGACUUGGGAGCUCUGAGUGUUAUGAGAGAAAUAAUAUCAAAGACAUAAACUUACCUCAGUUUUCAUCUGCUGCUGUUCCUAAGUAUGAUACGGAAAAGGAGGAACUACUUGGUGACGCGGAAUCUCAAGAAUCCAGAGACUUUGUGAUGAAUGUUGGAGGUUCUGUAUGGGCAUUAGAUUGGUGUCCUAGGAUGCACGAGGAGUCAGAUUGUUCAAUUAAAUGCGAGUUCAUUGCUGUUGCGGCUCAUCCACCUGGUUCAUCUUAUCACAAAUUGGGUGUCUCACUUACUGGCAGAGGUGCUGUGCAAAUAUGGUGUCUUCUAAGUAAUAAGGAACAUAUCAAAGAAGUAUCUUCUCUCCCUGGGAAGGAAAAAAAACCUAAAAAAGACACAUGCACAAAUGACAACUCAACAGAAAUAAAGAAGCCUAGAGGAAGACCUAGAAAGAGUCCUAGUGAAAAAAAUGAAGAAAUAGUUCCUAUUACAAACAAGAGAAAAAGAGGAGGACCGGAAAAAAGUCCAGCUCCAAAUGAGAAUCUUGAAAACAAUGAAGAAAUGCAUCCUAUUACUAACAAGAGGAAAAGAAGAAGAUCGAUAAAAUAUCCAACUGUAAUAGACAUACCAUCUGGUACUGUUCAAUUUGAAGAAAAUUCUAUCGAGUCUCCUGCUCCAAAUGGAAAUAAUGAAAACAACGAAGAAACACCUUGUAUUACAUACAAGAGUAAAAAAGGGCCUAUAGAAAAUAAAACCUUGAAAGAAAAACCAUCACCAAUUAAGAGACCUAGAGGAAGACCCAAAGAGAGUUCAAAAGAAGUAACAGCGAGUGAUCCAAAUUUUGAGGACCAAUUUGUUCCUCUCACUGUUGAAUGUCCAGAUUCAGCCAAAUUUAUUUCUAAUACAAAGGAAAAGAAUGCCAAGAAAGUUGCUUCUGCAUGCGAUUCAGAAACUCCUGUUACAAGGAGUCGAUUGGAUAUUAAUCACAUGGAAAGAAGCUGCAGCCAAGAUGCAAGUAGGCCAUUAUUGAAUCAGUGUGAGGAGGAGGAAGACCAUCAAUCACAUGGUAGCUCUGUAUUGGGACCUCAAGAAUCUACAUGUCCCAUUCCACAAAAUGUAGCAUUGCCAAAAUUUGUGUCAUGUCUGGCUCAUAAUGGAAAGGUGGCAUGGGAUGUCAAAUGGCGGCCUCUUAACAAUAUUGAUGCCUCGUGCAACCAUCGAAUGGGCUAUCUUGCUGUCUUGUUGGGCAAUGGAUCUCUGGAAGUGUGGGAGGUUCCCCUUCCUCAUGCAGUGAGAGCAAUGUAUAUGCAUAUCGAAGGCACCGAUCCUCGUUUUCUAAGAUUGGAGCCUGUAUUCAAAUGUUCAAUGUUGAAGUGUGGUAGCUUAAAAAGCAUUCCUUUGACAGUGGAGUGGUCGGUUACGCCCCCUCAUGAUUAUUUACUUGCUGGCUGCCAUGAUGGAACGGUUGCUCUAUGGAAAUUCUCUACAAAUUCUUCAUCUAAAUGUGAUGAUACAAGGCCUAUACUUUGUUUCGGUGGGGAUACAGUUCCUAUUAGGACAGUUGCAUGGGCUCCUUUUGAGGGUGAUCCAGAGAGUUCUAACAUAGUAGUAACCGCAGGACAUGAAGGCCUUAAGUUUUGGGACCUACGUAAUCCAUUUCGUCCUCUGAGGCUCCUCAAUCCUUCCCAGAGAAUCAUAUACAGUCUGUAUUGGCUGUCAAAGCCAAGUUGUAUCAUUAUGUGCUUUGAGGAUGGAACAAUGAAAACCAUUAGCUUGGCGAAGACUGCAAAUGACCUCCCUGUCACUGGAACGAUAUACAAUGGAAAAAGACAACCAGGGUUGCAUGGUUCAACAUAUUCGUCUUAUGCCAUUUGGAGUGUUCAAGUGUCACCGAUAACAGGCAUGGUUGCAUACUGUGGAGCAGAUGGUGCUGCCUUUCGUUUUCAGCUUACUGCUAAAUCAGUGACCGAACAUUCCCGCAAUCGAACUCCAUUCUUUCUAUGUGGGUCUGUAUCUGAAGAGGAAUCAACCAUCAUUGUCAACACUCAAAUAUCAAGCUCUCCUUUCCCAAUGAAGGUGCAAGAUAGAGGCAUCCAGGCUCAAUCUUUCCGAGACUUAUUAUCCAAGGCAAAUUUGAGCAGAAGUGCAAAUAAUCAAAUGAUUAAAGCUUCUAGUAACGAUUCUCAGACUUUAGCCCUUUCUAACACUGACUCUCCGGAACAACAGCCCAAAAGACCAAAACUGAGUUGUAGCAGAAAGAAGAAACCGCGUGAAAGCACGUCUCUUAUUAGUAGAGAUGGGAAUACACCUGGAGUUGAUAAUGAAAAGCAUGAUUCUGGGAAUAUACCCGAAGUCUUUCCUUCAAAAAAGACAGCAUUGCAUAAAGUGAGAUGGAACUUGAAUGAGGGUAGUGAGAGAUGGUUGUGCUUUGGAGGAGCUAAUGGACUUGUACGUUGUCAGGAAAUUGUUUUCAAUAAUAUUGAUAAGAAAAGGGCAUUGAAAAGAUGGUAGUAUUUUAUCAACGUAAAUUUUAGGCCUUAAGUGUGAAUAUGUAACUAAGAAAUAAUCAGAGUCAAUAGUGACUUUGUCAAUAUGUAAAAUUUCAAUUUAUAAUUUUAAGUAGGGCUCUUCAUGGUAUGGUUCAUUAAGAGAACCAAACUAUAUCUAUAUCGAACCGAAUCAUAAUAAAAAAUUGUAAGGAUUGAACUGAC